UCACGUUGACAUCUCAUUAAGCCUUUUAUCAAUAUCAUUCAAUCAAUUAUUUUUGAUGAAUGGCAAAAGGCAAAUAAAAUAAGAAAAAAAAUUCAGCCUAAACAGGAAUAGGUAUUUCAUGAUUUGUCGCUUUUAUAAAGUUGUUCGCAUACUAAGAAAAUUCAUAACACUUCGCCAGAAAACCGAUUUCUUCAGCAUACAUACAAUAUCACCAAGUCCAUUCAACUUUUUUUCCGGCCACAUUGCAAAGAUGAGCUCCUCAAUAAUAGAAGGGAAUAUUAAUGCUGGUGUCAAUUAUCUGGAUAUACCAGAUAAAUCUGAAAAUGACAAGAAGCAUUACAAAACCCUAAAGCUACCAAAUGGACUUCUCGUUUUGCUUAUAUCUGACCCAACUCCAGUGCCACACGAUGGAUUUACUACAUCCUCUGUUGAGACAACAGAUGACUCAAGUUCUGAAGAGUCAGAUCAAGAUGAAGAAGAACUUGAUGGUAUUGAUCCAGAUGACGAUGAUGACUCAGAAGAAGGUGAUGAAAAACUAGCUGCAUGUGCGCUAAUGAUCGAUGUUGGCUCGUUCUCGGAUCCAAAGGAAUAUCAGGGUCUAUCUCACUUCCUCGAGCAUAUGAUUUUCAUGGGGUCAAAGCAGUUUCCUGCGGAAAACGCUUUUGACGCACACGUCAAGAAGUGUGGCGGAUUUGAUAACGCACAUACCGAAUGCGAGGAGACCAUGUUUUACUUUGAAUGUUCAGAAGAACACUUAAAUAGCACCAUCGAAAUAUUUUCGGCUCUUUUCAAGGAACCUCUCAUGAAAAAAGAAGCUAUGACAAGAGAACGAGAUGCUGUCGAAUCCGAAUUUCAAAACACUAUUCUCGAUGAUGAAGCUCGUCGGGAUCAGUUGCUUGCUUCGCUUGCAAAUCCCAACUAUCCGAAUAGUAUCUUCGCUUGGGGAAACUUGCAGUCACUCAAAGAAAAUAUAGACGAUGAGGUAUUGUACCAACGGACGCAUGAAUUCCGUAUAAAACAUUAUAGCAGUCAUCGAAUGUACCUGUGUAUACAAGCAAGGCUACCAAUUGAGGAGCUAGAAGAAAUGGCUGUCAAGCAUUUUAAAGAUAUUCCCAAUAAUAAUCAAGACGGAGAUGACUUUUCUGCAUUUAAUUACCGUGAUGCCUUUAGACCAGAAUUCUACCAAAGGGUUUAUUUUGUUAAACCAGUAGAAAAUGUCAAUAAAGUGGAGUUAACAUGGUGCCUUCCAGCUCUUAAAAAGGCAUACCGUUGUAAACCGGAUCAUUUUUUAUCAUACAUGAUAGGAUAUGAAGGGAAGGGUAGUUUAUGUGCAUAUCUUCGUAACAAAUUGUGGGCCAUGGAACUCAUUUCUGGUGUUGAUGAUUCUGGUUUCGAUGCCAAUAGCAUUUAUUCCCUUUUUAAUCUUUGCAUUUAUCUAACUGAUGAAGGGUUUGUGCAUUUGAAAGAAGUUUUAGAAGCCACUUUUGCUUAUAUAAAGCAACUUUCAACUUGUGAGACCCUAGAAGCCUCUUAUAAAGAACUUCAAUACAUUGAAGACACUGGUUUUCGUUAUCAGUCACAAAAGACUGCUUUUGAUAACGUUCAAAAUGUUACUGUAAACAUGAAACACUACCCCCCAAAAGAUAUAAUCACCGGUCCGGAAUUAUACUUCGAAUAUAAUAGUGAAGAAGUAUUAUCGGUUAUACGUCAACUUAACGAAUUUAAUUUCAACAUUAUGAUAACAUCCGAAAAAAAAUAUAAUGGUGUGACUUAUGACCAAAAAGAAAAAUGGUUUGGCACAGAGUACACUUCUAUCGAAAUGCCAAUUGAAUGGAUAGAUGCGUGGAAUAACUGUCCAUAUUACCAAGAACUCUUUGUCCCGGAGCCUAACAUUUACAUAGCUCAUGAUUUCCGGAUUUUAUGGAAAGAAAACGGUGAACCUGAGACACCAGCGUAUCCCAAAAAAAUCCUUCAAACUGAUGUGUGUGAGCUAUGGUUCCGACAGGAUGAUAAAUUCAAUUUGCCCGACGCUAUGAUGUACUUUUACUUCAUAUCGCCACUUCCACGUAUUAACGCUAAGAACGAUGUGCUGACAGCACUCUAUGUUCAAUACAUAAAAUAUGAUCUAGCUGAGGCAUUGUAUCCCGCUACAUGUGCAGGCAUGGAAUAUAAUUUUUAUUCUGCUGAGAAAGGUGUUGUUUUGAAGGUAAAUGGAUACAAUGAAAAACUUCAUUUACUAGUUGACGCAAUAACCAAGACAAUGACUUCAUUGGGAAAUAGUUUUGAAGGAACACUACGAGAAUUGCAAUUGACAUGUUUCAAAGCUCACCAAAAAAAGGCGUAUUUUAACGCGGUCAUAAAGCCGAAGCUGUUAAAUAAGGAUAUUCGUUUAACUGUGCUAGAAAACAUUCGUUGGCCACUUGUUGAGAAGUUUACCAUUUUGCAAGAAAUAUCUCUGCAAGAAAUUCAAGAAUUUUCCAAGAACUAUACCAAGGAACUGUACAUUCAAGCACUGAUGCAAGGUAAUUUGAUCGAGGAAACUGCUCAUAAUGUUAUGAACUCGGUGUUGACCACGUUAAAUUGUCAGAAGGUCAAUGAUUCGUCUUUAAUAGAAUCCCGAACUUGUCAGAUUCCACAAGGUUCCAACUACGUUCAAUGUAACGCCAUCAAUAUAGCCGAUCAAAAUUCAGUUGUUUGCAAUUUCUACCAAAUUGGCCCUUGCUCAUUACGCAUAGAAGGUAUUCUUGAUCUUUUGAUGAUGUUUGUUGACGAACCUCUCUUUGAUACUCUUCGCACUAAGGAACAACUUGGCUAUGACGUUUCGGCUUCGGUUAGAAUAAACAGUGGUAUUGCUGGUUACUCCAUUACGGUGCAAUGCCAAGAAUCAAAGUUUACUGCUCAGUACGUAGAAGAACGUAUUGAAGCAUUCCGCAUGCAAAUGAUGACAAUUCUAAAUGACCUACACCAGGAAGAGUACGAACACGUUCGCGAAUCGUUGAUUAAAAUCAAACAAGUCAUAGAUGCCUCACUAGCCGAAGAAGUCAAUCGCAACUGGGGAGAAAUAUCGUGCGAGGAAUAUCUUUUCGAUAGGCGAAAGCGUGAGGUAGAGAUUCUCAAAAGAAUAACUAAACAGGAUCUGAUCGAAUUUCUUUUGGAAAACGAACGUAACAACCUAAGGAAGUUGUCAGUACAAGUGAUCGGGCACAAGAAAGAAUCGGAUGCCAUCAAUUCAAAUAACGAAGAGUCUACACUUCCUAGCGAAGAUGUUAUCGAGGGUUAUAUUCCUAAAUUUGUUGAAAAAACAUUACCUAAUGUUCUCAACUUUAAGAAGCGCAUGUUAGUAUACCCAGUGACAAAAACAAGCACUGAAGCCAAUAGCUCUUCUCCAAUGAAUAUAAUAGAAAAUUGUUAAAAAAGUUCAGAUAAGCAAAAACAAAAUUAAAAAUUAUAGCUCAA